AUGUGGACAGGAAUGAGACUUGCAUUUGCGACGCUGGUGACGUUGUUGCUGGUGUUGCCUACUGUGAAAACAAAGGAAGUGUCAACUUUAAAUGGCCCACUUCUAGGACAACGUCUGUCAGUGUUGGGCAAGUCCCUUGACGUAUUCUAUGGAAUCCCAUAUGCCAAGCCUCCUGUGGGUGAUUUUCGCUUCAAGCACCCUCAGCCUUCAGAGUCAUGGGGACCGGAAGUAAGGGAUGCACAAAACCCGACGCCAUCUUGCUUCCAACCAAAAAAUGCUCAUGGCAGUGAUGAAAGUUACAAACAGAUGCCCGAUGAUUACAGUGAAGACUGCCUUCAUCUUACAGUGUGGACACCAUCAGAAAAUAGUGGCAAUCUAGCAGUGAUGGUCUGGAUCCACGGUGGAGGUUUUUAUAUUGGAUCUACAAGACUGCCACUGUAUGAAGGAAAAUACAUUGCAGCAGAGAAUGGAGUCAUCGUUGUUUCAAUGAAUUACAGAUUGGGGCCUUUAGGGUUCAGCUACCUUGGUCGAGAUACCAUCCCUGGCAACAUGGGCUUGAUGGAUCAAAGAUUAGCCUUACAGUGGGUGAAAGACAAUAUUGCCAACUUUGGUGGAGAUCCAACACGGGUGACCAUAUUUGGAGAAAGUGCUGGUGGUGCAAGUGUAGGUCUACACCUGGCAUCACCUUUGUCACGUGACCUGUUUGACAGAGCAAUAAUGCAGAGUGGGACUCUCAUCUCCCCAUUUGCAGAUAACAUGCCCAAAACAGCAAUACGGACACUGAAGAGACUUGCUGAUCUCCUUGAAUGCCCUUCAUCUUCAACUGAUACAGAGAUAUAUGAGUGCUUGAAGACAGCAGAUGCACAAACUAUGGCAGACCUUCAGCUAGGUUUGCUCGGUGAAGGAAUUCCAUUUCGUCCAGUUGUGGAUGGGAACUUCCUCCCCGAUGACCCCAAAAGUCUUCUGUCCACUGGCUCCAUCAAGCAGACCAGUGUAUUGCAUGGUUUUACUAAAAAUGAGACAGCACUGUUUUCUGCAAUGAUACUGAAGCAGAUGAGAAACGUAUCAACAUUGCCGGAAACACUCAUUUUAAGUCGUCAAGAAUAUGAUAAUUUUAUUUCAUUUGACAUGGUCACUGGAACAGACAUUGAAGAGCCUAUCCGUCUGUUUUAUGAAAGUCAGAUACCCCUUCUAAAGGACACUGACUAUUUUGAUGUCGUGACUCGCGCAACUUCGGAUAGGGAUUUCAAGUGUCCUCAUCUUGAGUUUGACAGAUUGUACUCUCCUGCUAACCCUACCUAUGUCUACAGCUUUAAUCACCGACUAUCAAUUAGUCCGAAUCCAAAGUGGAUGGGAGCACCCCACUGGUACGAGCUUGACUUUGUUUUUGGUUGGGUUCUGGAAAAGUCUCUGGGAUUUACAGAGGAGGAGAUGGAACUCAGCAGGACCAUCAUGACGUACUGGACCAACUUUGCCAAGUCCGGGUCAGUGAAUGAAUGA